AUGGACGAACCUGCCAUUUUCGGUGUGAAAAAUGAUCAAACUUUUAAAGGGCCAGUUUUGCCUGGCGGAAACACUUUCGGAACCCACUUGGGAGAAAUCGACGCUUUUCGCGUUGUGCCAUCCAAUUCGUAUCCAUCAAUGUCAAUGCCGUCGGCAAUAGAUCCACUCUUCGUGCUACAACAAAUAUCACUAUUGCAGGCAUGGUUUCUAAUCCUGGCACUUCUGGCUACUGCGUGCCAAACAACUGCUCAAGAACUUACAAUGAUAAAUAAGAAGUCAUUGCAGCAUCCAAUUGUAGAAAUAGUAACACUAAGAGCACCUAGACAACUUCAACCAAUCAUUCAUCUCAGGAAGCAACAACCAUUUUACAAUAUUAUUCAAACACCCAAAAAUAUUUCCUACAAGCGACAGCUGGGUCAUUUAGGACUUGGGAAUUAUCGAACCCUUUCUUUCGUAACGCCAGGACCAUAUCAACGAGGCUUUAAAUCCAUGUUAUUCAAGGCAAACUACACUCCAACUGCAAAGUUGUCAGUGACCGCAAAACCCGAUAUUAUCAAGAAAAGAAAUCACUACUAUUACGAACCCAUGCCUUGGUACAACCAUAAAAUCACCGCCAACAAUUACCAACAGAACCAAAAACAUUACGCCGACUAUGGCUACUAUCACAAAAACAAUCAACUGAAUGAUAUUUUUAAAGACAAUUCACUCACCGAUAAGGGUUACAAGUACACCUAUUAUGACUACAACCAUAAACAUGGUCAUACGAGUCAGCAGAAUCAUAUCCACGGUCAUCAUCACCAAGGCCAUCAUCACCACAAACAUGGUCACUAUCAAGAUCACCAUCACACUCACGAGGAGAACCACAACGAGCAACAUACUCACGAUCACAAACACGACAACAAUCACCAACACACUCACAACCAUCAAAACGAUCACAAACACGAGCACGGCCAUCAUCACAACCACGGUCAUCAACACCACUCCCAACACGAACACCACGAGGAGCACAAACACGUCGCCGAGCACCACCACCAUCACAAACACACCCACCACAACGAGCACCAUCAUCACCACGAACACCACCACCACAACGAACAUCAUCAUCACCACACUCACAAGGAAACCGAAACACACCACCACCACCACGGUCACGAGCACGAACAGAACCACAAACACGAGCACCAACAGCAGCACCAACACCACCACGGCCACGAACACAAACACGAUCACCACGAGGACCACAAACACGAGCACAAGGAGCAGCACCAACAGAAUCACGAACACGACCACAAGCACGCUCAUCAAGAGGAGCACAAACACGGACACCUCGAGUUUCACCACCACAAACAAGAACACCUACACAAGGAGGAUCAUAACGAGGAGCACAAACACGAACACCAAGAGGCUCAUCGACACGACCAUGACGAGGAGCACCAGCACAAGCAUCAUCACGCCCACCAGGAGGAGCACAAACACGAACAUCACCAGGACCACAAGCACCAGCAUCUCGAGAAUCACAAACACCAACAUCAGGAAAAUCACAAACACGAACAUCACGAGAGUCACAAACACGGACAUCUGCAUAAAGAGGAUCACAAACACGAUCAUGAGCAUAAGCACCAUCAUCACGAACAGCACAAACACGAAGCGAACCAUAAACAUAACGAGGGGCACAAUCAUCAUCACAAUCAUGAUCAUGAACAUGACCACAAACAUAAAAAUCACCACGGACAUACUCAUGGACAUAAUCAUGGACAUAAUCAUCAAAAUGAACAUCAUAAUCACCAGAGUGUACAUCACAAUGGACAUAGUCUUUACAACGGACACGGUCAUAAUCACCAUCAGAAAUAUCACGAGCUUAUUCAUCCAACUUAUUCAGGAAUAAAUAUCAACGAUCUUCUUGGAAAAUAUAAUCCCUAUUUACUGAAUAAUGAUAAUAAUAAUUUUGCUUCGUACGCGAGUGGUUCUGCCGAAUACAUUCUUCCUGACGAGAGUGCACCAAUUGUAGCAAGCGCACCCAAUAUAGAAAGGACACCUCUUGUAGCAAGUUCAUCCAUUGUAUCCGCUUCCGUAACUACAAACGCACCAAUUACUGUAACAACCUCUCUUAACCGAACCUCUAUUAACCCAACAAAAGUUAAACCAGCAAAGAAGAAUAGUGCCUUUAUUAUUCGAGUUAAAAGUUAA